AUGGACAAUUGUAACUUAUUCAUUUUUCUGCAGUUUCUUUUUCUUCUUGUUCCUCUUCUUCUGGCUUUCUCUGCUCAGGAUAAUCAGGUAUAUAUUGUGUACCUCGGGGAGCAUCAUGGAGAUAAAACCCACCAAGAGAUAGAAGAGAACCAUCACUCAUUUUUGUUCUCUGUGAAGGAAACUGAGGAAGAUGCAAAAUCUUCUCUUAUUUACAGCUACAAACGCAGCAUUAAUGGCUUCGCCGCUUUUCUUACCCAACGAGAAGCUUCCGAAAUUUCGAAAAGGGAGGAGGUUGUGUCAGUGUUUCAGAGUCAUCCGAGAAAAUACGCAUUGCACACGACGAGGUCAUGGGAGUUUUCGGGCUUACCAGAGGCAACAAAUUCAAGCAAGGAUAAAAACUCUUUGUUAUACAAAUCUGGAUAUGGCAAGGGCGUCAUUGUUGGCAUGCUUGACACGGGUAUUUGGCCAGAGUCUGAAAGCUUCAAUGAUGAAGGCAUGGAUGACGUACCACAACAAUGGAACGGAACCUGCCAAACUGGUGAAGCAUUCAACACCUCACAAUGUAAUAAGAAAAUCAUCGGCGCCCGAUACUACCUCAAGGGCUACGAAGCCCACCUCGGCCCCCUUAACAAAUCGUUCGAUGUCAAGUCCCCCCGCGACAUGAAUGGUCAUGGGACCCACACGGCGUCCACGGCUGCCGGUCGUGCCGUCAAGAACACAUUCACCCUCGGCAGCUUCGCUGCGGGGAUAGCCUCCGGCGGGGCCCCCUUAGCCCACCUAGCCAUCUACAAGAACGGCAUCGUGAUUGGGUGUCUACACGCCGUCCGAAAUAACAUCGUGGUUGCAUGCAGCGCUGGGAACGGUGGGCCCUUAUCGGGCACCGUCGAAGAUGUUGCUCCGUGGACAAUCACAGUCGGGGCCAGUAGUAUCGAUAGGGUUUUCCCAGCAGUAGUCGUGCUCGGGAGUGGCUUUCAACUCCAGGGCCAAACAGUGACUUCUUAUCAGAUGCGAAACAAGCUGCAUCCACUGGUUUUCGCGGGUGAUGUAACCAAGCCCGACGUGCCUAAAAACGAAUCUGGGCAAUGUUUACCAGAUUCCCUCUCCCCUGAAAAGGUCAAAGGUAAUAUCGUGUUGUGCUGGAGAGGAGAGGGGUUGAGAAUCCGCAAAGGCAUGGAAGUCAAAAGAGCCGGUGGAAUUGGUUUUAUCUUAGGAAAUAAUGAAGCUUACGCGAACGAUUUAACUGUCGAUGCUCAUGUUCUUCCAGCAACGCACGUCACCUACGAGGAUGCUCUCCGUAUUCUGGAAUAUAUAAACACUACCAAACAACCAAACGCGCGCAUCACGCCAGCUCAAACUGUUGUGGGCAACAUACGGGCACCUUUCAUCCCUUCUUUCUCCAGCAGAGGUCCCAACUUAUUUUCACCCCAAAUUUUGAAGCCGGACAUCGCGGCUCCUGGACUAAAUAUAUUAGCAGCUUGGAGCAAAGCAUCUGGUCCAUCAAUGGUUCGCGAGGAUAAACGUGUUGUAAAGUAUAAUAUUAUAUCGGGCACAUCUAUGUCCUGCCCUCACGUAGGAGGCGUGUUGGCCCUUCUCAAGGCCGUUCAUCCUGACUGGAGCAGCGCCGCGCUAAGAUCAGCUCUCAUGACUUCAGCAAGGGUGGUCGACAAUGAAGGAAAACCCAUUAUGGAUGCAACCGACAGUCAGGCUGUCCCGUUUCACUUCAGGUCGGCUGUUUUCGACCCGAACAAAGCAGCCGACCCGGGGCUCGUGUAUGAUGCGACUUACAAGGACUACCUGCUCUUCCUAUGCAGCAUGAAGUUUAAUAAACUUGUUCAUCCCUUCAAAUGCCCAAAGAGAUUACCGUGUCCAUUCAACCUCAACUACCCGUCAGUAGCCAUACCCCAACGUAAAAGCAGUGUCACCAUCACUCGAACGGUCACGAAUGUGGGCCCCGCUCAAAGCGUGUAUUCUUCCAGCAUAGAGACUCCACCGGGGACCCACGUGAACAUAUGGCCUUCGAAGCUGCAUUUUAACCACACGGGUCAGAAGAAGUGUUUCACCAUCACUAUAAAAAUGGGUGGGAAUUUUACUAGUGGGGUUCGGAUGCACAAUUACUCGUUUGGAUGCCUCCGUCCCUUUCCAAAGUGGCGCUCUACCAAGCUGUUGAGCGCCAGGACGGGUUCUGUGGGUCUUGGGCGGCGAGGCAAAAGGAUUGUCGUCGUCGGCGCCGUCACGGUGGUGGUCGGGUCUGUGACAAGAGACUGGGCGCCCCUUAGAUCCGUGGCGUACCUGGUGUUGAGGGGUGGGGUGUCCGGUCUCUUAGCCGUCGGCUCUGAGUGUCGCGAUGGAAGCAUUUUGGAGUCGGGUUAUCGCAUCAAGCUUGUGUCCGGUGUUGACCAAUCUCUGAUGUUGGGGUUGGUGGGCUACACCGGAAGUGACAUCCUCGGCUUCGGUUGGGAAGGGUUGUGGUUCUGGGGUGUCUGCGGGUGGGAUUUAUUGCGAACAAUUCGAGUGUUCUGGUGGCGUUUUCCUGUGGAAGGGUAUGUUGGUUUUCCGGUGGGUUCUGGUUAG